AUGUACUCCCACCGCCCUCCUCCGCCUGGUGCGAGCGCCCGGCCGGUUGCUCCCUUUCCUAUUCGUUCGAAUACUCAACCUCCUCCGAAUGCAACGAAUGCCCUUCCACCCCGAAAGAGUUCGCUUCCAAGCGUCCAGAUUCCUUCCUUUUCUUCCUUCAGAGCGCAGACUGCGAACCUACCCAUCACCACUGGCAACCAAUCUCCGAUACGCCGUAAACCUCUCCCUCCGAACGCUUCACCUAUCAUUGCGGCUCGGUACUCGUCCGGAGAAUACAUAUCAUCGUCGAAAGUUGUCAUCAGGAAAACUAGUCAACGGUCGCUCUCGGUUGAUAGUCCGUCGGCAGAUGCUCUUCCACCACCUAUAACCGUUCUCCCUCCUCUUCCUAGCGGGACGGAGACUUCUUUCGCACCUCGAGACCUGGACCAGUUUCCUCAUGGUUUUCUACCUACAGGGCCUCCUCCUAGCUCAAGACUCCCCGACCCUCCUAAAUCGAUCCCAAAUAUUCAAAUAAUAUCGCGACAGGCAUCUUCUUCAGAGAGCGCUAAUAAUCACGGCCACUCCCAAUCGCAACCCUCAAUACCAGAUGAAGCCAGCUCUACUACUGGAGCCAGCCAACCCCCAGAGUCAGGCCGAUCCUCCACGAUGGGAUCAUAUGGUCAAAAGGGUCAUGGCCUGAGCUUGAGACUCGAUCAUCCAACCCGAACCUAUACCGAAGAGACUCUACCGUCCCCCAUUUCUCCUAAUGUUGGGCAACCACUCAAGUCGCCUGGACAGAAGAUAUCCGAGUUCUUUAGCUGGAAGCCAACAUCUCAAACGGUUGGCCAGGAUUCCCCGACCACCACCUUCUCCGGCAGUUCGCCUGCAUCGCCUGCAUCUCCUCACUUUUCGAGACCUCCGAUGCACCAUUACACCCAAUCGCGUCUGGGCUAUGCGGUCCUUGACGGACCCACGUCCAAUGGCGCUACUCGAAAUGGGUCCAUUGCAAGCCAAGGCGGACCAGUGGCACCACAUGACCCCGAAAUGGCUGCCAAAAUCGACGCGCUUGAGCGCGAACUGAAGGAAGUCACCGAGGAACUAGCCGGGUCCAUCAAACGUGAGAUGGAACUGGAAGAUGAAGUCGAGAGGUGGAAAUCUGAGAGAGACGCGUUUUCCACGGACAACCGAAGGACAAGCGAUUACUAUUCAGAUUCAGGGGCAAGCUCUGUGCGAUACCCGACGGGCGACUCCGAUGUCAAAAUAGAGCAGUUGGAGCGCUUGCGGAGACAAGCGGAACAAGAAAAGGCUCGAUUAAAGGUCGACAUGAAUCAACGAUUGCAAGAAGAAACUCAAUUGCGUCGCGAAGUCGAAGAACAGUUGCAAAUACAAGCUGUCGGUGCCGCAGAUAAUCAACGUUUGCGGGAGCUCGAAGGGACCCUUGAAGACACUCGACGGCGACUCGCGGUGGAGCGGCAGCAGAGAGAGAACUUUGAGGACCUUUAUACCGCGCUCCGACAGGAUCUAGAACAACUCCGAAGCGAGCGGGACAAUCUUAGGGAUGAGGUUGUACCUCACUUGAGGGCAAGGGUCGAGGGUUUAGAGGCAGCGGCGGCGGAAGCUCAGACGCUAUCGUAUGAGAACAGCAGGAUGCAGCAGGAGGUGGACCAGCUCCGAAAAGAGAACCAGACGCUUAUCACGGCUCGAAAGCUCCAGAUGGAAAUGCAACAGCAGGCGAGCCGAUUCAAUAUGAUCGCCGAAGAAAGGAGCGCGCCUGGAGUCAGGACCUCGAUUAUGGGGCUAGCACACUCAAAUUCCCUGGCUCGAAAUUCAACCAUUUCGGGCAGACGCGGCACGCUAUCACGGUCGAACUCGGUCAAGGAACGCGAUCAGCAGACUUACUCGGAUCGAGUCAAAGAUAUCGAAGAGCAGCGUGAUGCACUUCAUCAAGCUUUGAAGAGUUUGUUGGAUCGUCAAGCUUUCCAGGCCAAGGAGCAUACGAAACGGAUUCGGGCUUUGGAGCAAGAGAGGGAUGAGGCCUUGAAUGCUGCUAUUAACCUGACGCCUCGAAGAACUGCAUUCCAUCGAGAAGUGACGGAUCUUAAAGGCGAGGUAACGCACCUCCGUCGUCGAGCAUAUGACGCGCUGGACCAGAAGUUGAAUUGCGAGAAAGGCUUGAGCGGGCUGAAAAUGGAUCUCGACCGCGCACAACUAGAAACCGCCUCCCUCCGUGCUCUCCUUCAAGAAAACGACAUUUCCAUCCCUGAAUCCUUCGGCGCCGCUGAAUCCGCGUCCCUACACAAGGCCUACAAUGAACUCCGCACCACCCACGCCCUCUCGAUCGCCCGCGUCAAAGAAAUGGAAUCCGACGCCACUACCGGCCACCAAGCUACCACCGCCGAAGCCGAACGCACCAUGGCCCUCCUGAAAGCCAGCAUCUCCUCCGCCGAAACCGAACGCGACACCGCGAUGCGCGAGGCCGAAGAAUACCGCAAGGCGGCACGAGCCCUCCAAGCCUCCGAGAUCUCUCACCUCGCGAAAGAGCAGACCAUGGCCGCCGACCUGUACGCGUCCGCGCAGCGCAUGGACGAGCUCGCGUCGCAAGUGCAGUCCCAGAUUCAGAGCAACUCGGAGCUGCGACACCGGCUUGCCGAAGCGAUCAACCGCGGCGAGCGCGAGCAGCGCGCCAGCGCGGCGAAGAUCGUCGAGAUGCAGGGGAAGCUGCGCCAGCUGGAAGACCACGUCAUGGCGGCGCAGUCGCACAGCGAGACGAUCGUCGCAGAGCACGAGGAUGAGGUGCGAUGGCUGCGGGAGUCGCAGAGCGCGCAGUUGUUGCGGGUGAAGUCGAGCAUCGCGGCGGGGUCGCGGCGGACAUCGAUGAUGAGCCGCGCGAGCGCGCAGGGCAGUGGCAGCCAGUCGCCGAACCCGCUGUUCGCGCUGCGGAGCCCGCGGCUGGACAAGACGAGCAGUGGGCCGGGGAUCAGCAUGGCGGAGGCGGGGAAGACGGAGGCGUUGGAGAGGCGGGUGGAGGAUCUGGAGCGGGCGUUGAGGGAGGCGGAACGGGAGAUGGGGGAUGUGGUGGGGAGGAUGAACAUGGCGCAGAUUGAGGUGGCGGAGUUGCAGUCGGAGAGGUGA